ACUCUUGAUUGAGUAUCAAAAAUGGCUGACAACGGGGAUGGUCCAAGCAAUACAUCCUCUGGAAAAACUACAAGAAUAAAUGUGUCCGAUGGUCCAAUAACUGAUCCAGCAUCAACAAUAAAGCUAACAAAAAUAAAAAAAAAAAGCCUAGAGGCUUCAAAUAAUGCCUUUCACGGCCCGAGAACAAAAUUAGAAUCAAAAUCUGGAGCAUUAAAAAAAUCAAGUCGUUAUCGUAGUCGGUCAUUAUCAGCGAGCAGUAAUGACAGUUACAGUUCUGCGUCUUAUACAGGAAGUUCAUCCGGUGAAGACGAUGUGUCACCGCGGGAAAAAAUUCAAAAGACGGAGAAAGGGUUUACGGACUUUUGCGUCAGGAAUAUUAAUCAAUACGCAUUUGGACGACGUGAAAUUGAAAUAGCUGAGCAAGAAAUGCCUGGGAUUAUGGCAUUACGUCGACGUGCUGCUGAAGAUAGACCGCUAAAAAAUGCUAAAAUUGUCGGGUGCACUCAUAUAAAUGCACAGACAGCAGUUUUAAUAGAGACACUGGUAGAAUUAGGCGCACAAAUACGAUGGGCUGCUUGCAAUAUUUAUUCAACUCAAAAUGAAGUUGCUGCGGCUCUGGCUCAUUCUGGUUAUCCGAUAUUUGCAUGGCGCGGGGAAACGGAAGAAGAUUUUUGGUGGUGUAUCGAUAAAUGUGUUUGCGCUGAAAAUUGGCAGCCGAAUAUGAUCUUAGAUGAUGGUGGUGAUGCAACUCAUCUUAUGCUUAAAAAAUAUAAUACUAUGUUUAAAGCUAUUCAAGGAAUUGUUGAAGAAAGUGUUACGGGCGUGCAUAGAUUGUACCAGUUAUCAAAAGCCGGGAAACUUUCAGUCCCCGCAAUGAAUGUUAACGACAGUGUAACAAAAACAAAGUUUGACAAUCUUUACAGCUGUCGUGAAAGUAUUAUUGACAGUUUAAAACGUUCAACGGAUGUUAUGUUUGGCGGUAAACAAGUCGUCAUUUGUGGGUACGGAGAAGUUGGUAAAGGAUGUUGUCAAGCGCUCAAAGGCCUGGGUUGUAUUGUUUACAUCACUGAAAUUGAUCCUAUCUGCGCUUUACAAGCCAGUAUGGAUGGUUUUCGAGUAAUGAAAUUAAACGAAGUAAUCAGAAAUGUCGAUAUUGUGAUAACAGCAACUGGAAAUAAAAAUGUAGUAACACGUGAGCACAUGGAUAAGAUGAAAAACGGUUGUGUUAUUUGUAAUAUGGGUCACAGUAAUACUGAAAUUGAUGUCAAUAGUUUACGAACACCCGAUUUAACUUGGGAAAAAGUACGCUCACAAGUAGAUCAUGUGAUAUGGCCAGAUGGAAAACGUAUUGUGCUUUUAGCUCAAGGGCGUCUAGUUAAUUUAUCAUGUUCAAGCAUACCAUCAUUUGUUGUAUCAAUCACAGCUGCCACCCAAGCUUUAGCUCUCAUUGAACUGUUUAAUGCCCCAGCGGGUCGUUAUAAAAGUGACGUUUAUUUACUGCCAAAAAAAAUGGAUGAGUAUGUAGCAUCGUUACAUUUGCCCACAUUCGACGCACACUUAACAGAACUCACUGAUGAACAGGCCAAAUACAUGGGACUCAAUAAAGCUGGGCCUUUUAAACCUAAUUAUUAUCGUUACUAGUUAAAAAAGCAAGGGUGCACUCAUUAUCUGCGGCAAUCUUGUAUGAGGAUUAUUUAAAUAAGGAUUAUAAUUUAUGCAACUCUGCUUUAGUUUAAUAAAUUUAAAUAAUUAAUUAAUUAUCUGGAAAGUUAUUAAGUUAAAUACACAAGGUAUUAAGUAUACUUUCAUCUGUUAUUAAUAAAUUGAUCAGUCAAUAACGCAAUUGUUACAAGUGCCAUUAAUAUGAAAGCAUUUUUUUAAAAUUCAUUUUUUAAAAAUCCGGAUUGAUAAUUAUUUUUAUUAUUAUAAUUUAAUAAUUAAUAAUUAAUAACUAAUUUGAAUUUGAAUUUAAAAUAAUAUAUAUUGGAGACAAUUUUUUCAAAUAUUUAGGCCUCAUCAUAAUUAAUUCCUUAUAAAUUAUAAUUAAUUAUGAAUAAUUUAAAAUUCAUUUAUAUCUACUGAUAAUUAUUUUCAAAUGUGAGUGAACAAUUUCAUUGUUUUUUUUUUUAUUCAAAAUAAUUAUUUAUUAAAGUUUUUUUUUGAAUUAACGGUAAAAGCCAAUUGUAAGAUAGAAAAUUAACGAACAAAUCGAUUAAUGAUUUUUGAGUAUUAAAAAGUCGGCAACGAAAUUUUUUUAUUUUGACUGUUUUUUUUUUAAUUUAAAAAAAAUUAUUGAGUUACCAACUUGGGGAAUGCAUCAGUUGCCUACAAUUUUUUUGCCGAUUGUAUCAAAUGCCUACAAUAUUUUUUCGUACACAAUAAAUGCAUACUGAUCAGUUUCUUACUGCUCAGUUGCCUACCAAACUUUUUUGCCUACAAAAAUAAAAAGUAUGAACAUAUAAUUGAAUAUGUUUUCAAUCAUUAACAAUGUUAAUUAAUUUUUAAUCUGAUAGAAAACUUAAUGAAGUUUCCAGUUAAUAUUGCGUAAACUACCGUGGUUAUGAUAUUUUUCAGAUCAUCUGAGUUUUUUUUUUUUUUUUUAAAUGAUCGGUCUUGAACAUUCAUCAUUUCUCAUCAAUAAGUACUUGAUUUUCUUAGCAAAUAAAUCAGAAGCUUCUCUACAAUAAUCAGGUAUUUCUCUGAUGGGUACACAGUUGAAUAGUAAUCAAUUGGACAUCAUAAAAUAUUUUUUUUACUAGGCAAUAGAACAGUCAGCAAUAAAUUUUGUAUGCAAUUAGAAUAUAUAUUUUUUAUUUUUGUAGGCAAUAAAGCUUGGUAGGCAAUUGAGCAGUAAGAAACUGAGCAGUAUGUAUUUAUUAUGUACGAAAAAAUAUUGUAGGCAUUUGAUACAAUCGGCAAAAAAAUUGUAGGCAACUGAUGCCUUCCCAUCAACGUCCUUAAUAAUUUUUAAUAGAUAUUUAUUUGCUCAUACAAGCUCACAAAAGACCCAAUUAUUGACACUUUAUUAUUUAUUUUUUUUUUUGACAUGUCUAAAAAAUAUAUAUAACUUUUAUUAUAUUCCAAAAAUUCACUUAAAAGUUUUAGUUCCCGUUAUUUUGUCAUCUGGUAAUUAAUCACGGCACCGAAAAAAAGGGCUCAAAAUUUUAAUAUCUUUGGAACUUAAAGUUAAAAAAAUCGGGAAAAUUGUCUAAGAAUGCCCUCAAUAUUUACGAAAUUAUGUCUUAUGUAUUUGAUUUAGUGUAAAUUGUCAAUAAUUGCAGUAAUUUACUUAACUUAGUGAUAAAUAAAUUGAAUAAUAUUUAUUGUAAAAAUUAAUUACGUAACACCAAUAGUAUUUUUAAUUGAAAAUUUAAAAUCUGCCGUAAGAACAAACAAAUAAAUAUAAAAAAAAGUUUGAUAUGUGGUUGUGAAUACUGAAUACUGUUUCAAAAGGUUGUCGCUCACUGUUAGAUAUAUUUUGUCAUCAAUAAAAAAAAAAGAAAAAGAAAUAAAAUAAUACUGUAUUUAGAUCUGUAAUUAAAUAAUUAAAAAAAGAGAAAAUGAAACUCAGAGGGACGUGAAUAAGUCAAUAAAAUUGUUAACUGUACUGUAAAAAAUGAUUUUAAAUCAUUGACUCACUUGUUAAAUAAUUAAAAAAUAUUUUUUGAAUAAAUGAAUAAAUCAUUGGCCUAAAAAAAAAAUUAAAUAUUUAAAAUCUUAUCAAUUUUAACUGACGUUUAAAACGUCUUUAGAAUGCACAAUUUUUUGCUUAAAAAAUAAAAUAAUGAAAUCUAAUUUUUUAAACGCAGCUUAUUUGAAUUCAAUCGUUGUCUUAUUUGUCAGACGAUGUGUAAAAAAAAUAGAUAUAUAAAUGUAUCAAAAAAAUGAUUUAAAGUUAUAAAUAAAUGAUAAUUACAGUGUAAGUAUUGAUUGAAUUGUAAAAAAUAGUUUAAAUCAAAAUAUAAGUAUAAUAGUGAAAAUUAAAUAUAAGUACAUAGAUAUCUGCUACAAUUAUAUAUAAUAUAUAUAUUAAUACACAAACACAAACCUCAACGUCAUUAAUUUGAAAAAAUAAUAAUGAUAAUUUUAUUAAAUAAUGAGAAGUUGAUAAAUAUUUUUGUAACACUGCGAUUAAUAAAUAUUAGAUUUCACGUUUAAAUUUUUAAAUUAAUUUGCUAAAUGUGACGUUAAAUGUAAACAGAAAAAAUGAUUUUAUGUAGAAUCGAAUCACUGGUUUUAAACACGAUCAUUUGUGGAGAUUUGAUACUUACCCAAGUAGCUCAGGGACAACUUUAAGAUAUCAUAAAGAUGUCUUUUAAAAGGAUGACAAAUUUUUUUUUGUCUCAAAGCCAAGUUUUUUUUUAUAUAAAUAAGACGUACAGAUGUUGGUCCCAGGAGUCAUAGGAAAUUUGUGUUCUUUAUUUUGAGCCAAAAACCUCAUUUCAAUUAAAAAAUCGUUUAUAUGACAGACAAUUAUUUGUAAUUUACUUAUCGAUAGGUCGAAAAAUGAUACUGAAGUUAGCAGACGUCUGACAGUUUUUUAAUUUAUUUAAAAACGAUUAACUAUAAAAAAAAAAUAUUUUGAAAAAUUGCACCUAUGGUUAAAUUAAAUUUUCUACAUGUGUAUAUUUUUAGUUUUUUUUCUUUUGUAAUUUAUUUGUUGAAAAACAAAUCCGAAAAUUUGUAACUGUCUGUUAACUUCAGGAUUGUGUCGAAAAACAGCCUCAGAACUGUCAUCUUAUAGAUGUCACAAAGCCAAGUGUGCAACUUGGACAAUUAAUAGUAUUUUGUAUGACAAGGGAUGAAACAAAACAAUUUUAGAUCAGAGUGAAGUUGGCUGACAUCACCCGCAGUCUGAAAUGGCCUUUCAUCCUGAAUUACACACAAUAUUUUUAAGUGUGAAUGUAGCAGACGUCAGACAAAUUUAAAACUAUAAGUAAAUAGAGUAAAUAAUAAGUCCUAAAUUUUGAGUAAAUGAAUUAAUUAAUUUAAAUAAUGAAAUUGAAAAAAUGCGCGUACUGAUUUUUUAAAUAUAUGAACACGUAUUUUUUAAUUUUUAUUUUACUUGCAUUUUAUUUAUUUAUUCAAAAAUUUUAAAAUUGCUGUCUGCUACAUUCACAUAUAAUAUUUGAUGAUCCUGAAGUUAGCAGACAAUUAAAAAUUUUAGCAUUUUAUUUUGAACAAUUAAAUUUGAAGAAAAAAAGAAACUGAAAAACUGCACAUGUAGAAAAUUGAAAAGACUAUAAGUGCAAUUUUCUUAAAUAUUUUUUUUUUUUAUAAUUUAUCGUUUUUUAAAAAUUCAAAAAUUGUUAGACAUCAGCAAACUUCAGUAUCAUAAUAUUUUUCAUGAUUACCUGCAUUGAAACUUUAAGUUUCAGUGUCAGCAGCCAGUCAGAAACAAGUUAAUUUUCGACCAAUGGUGGCAUCAACUAUUAAAUUGUCAUUUGCAAUUUAUAAUCAAGCAGAAACUAUAAAUACUAUUUAUUAUUGACACUAAUUUUUAUAAAACUAAAUCACAGCCAGAACUGUCAUUUACGCAAAUAAAAUUAAUGCUCUGAAAUUACUAUUAAAAAAAUGACUAGUAUCAGAGUUUAAAUUGCAAAAGCCUUCAGUCAGCGGGUAGAAACAUCCCCAACAGCAAGACUUUCUCGUCAGAAAGUUGGUGUCAAUUAGUUGUGAUCAAGUUGACGACAACUUUCAGCUUUUGUAACUGUUGACUACAAGUUGUUGGCAACUUUCCCAGAACGUUGGUGACAAUCUACUGUCCCAACCUGUCACUAACUUUCUGAGAAAAUUAAAGGCAACUUUCUGUCAACUAACGAAUGCCAACUUUUGCCACCAACAUUCUCAGAAAGUUGUCGACCAGUUGCCGUAAAUUUAUGGAGAAGCCAAUUUUUGCAGCAACUUGGUGACAAGCUGCUGCAGUAGAUUGUCGCCAGCUUGUAAACCAGGGAUUAUUUGUUUAUUCCCAAGGGAAGAAACAAGUUUGUGUGCCCGUUGACUGGACAUUCACAAUUUACUUGUCUGCUAAUAAUCAUUCGCGGCAUUGGACUAAAAUUACCUUUUCUCGACUGCCUCUAGAGACACUGAAACUUCAAGUUUCGAUGCUGGUAUCAUGAAAUUAUUACUAAUAUAAAUGUAUAACAAAAGCAUCAGGAUCUGAUUUAAGCAUCAAAUGUUUUAUCAGAUUAUCAAAAUUGUUUGUAUCCAGAACCAGUAUUUCUACUCUACAUAAAUUAAAAGUUAAUUUUAUGAAAACAAUUCAUUCCACACCUCACGUACUUAAUAAUUAAUUAAAUACAAAAUAUUUAUAUAUAUUUUAUUGCAUAUUAACUUUGGAAUUAUUUUAUAAAAAUUUACAUUUUUAAUCCGUACUGUAUAUAUGUAAACAUUAUAAAUAAUAUAAUGUAUAUACGUUUAAUUUUUUGUCAAUAAAGCAGAUUGCCA